CACCUGAGCUGGCCUCCAAACACUCCCUUGAACUGGAGCGCCUCAUGGGAGAAGGGAGUCAGUGGAACACCCAACAACAACAACAACCUGCUGUCGCUCCUCCUCUCCUCGCAACCGGCUCUCAUCCCCUUCCUCCUCCUCCUCCUCCAUCCUCCAUCCUCUCUCUGUCUCUCAUUUGAUCCCAUCCCUCGCUCCCUGCACCACAGAAGGAGAGCGUGAGCCGAGAGAAGAGUCUGGGAGAUAUCCGUUACAGGCGGUAAGGAAGGACGACGAGUGAAGGAGCGAGGAAGUCAGGAUCAGCAAUGGUAGCCACAUUGCUGUCCUGGUGUCUUGGCGCAGCUUUGGCACUGAUCUGCGGUUCUCCCCUGGCCCACUCGGCUCUGGUGCCUGAGAACGAGGUGCCACUUCGCCCGACUACAUGGUUACCAGAAGGAAAGCUAACCUCUGUAACACUUCCAAAAGGACGAACUCGCAGGUUGUACUUUACACUGAGGAAGAAGGUCCCGGGGAUGUCAGUGACYGUCAUCCCCUGCAACCUCCCCAUCGAAUGGAGCUUGACUGCCCGCACCCUGAAAGACAAACCUAUCAAAAACCUGCAGUGGAGCACCAAAAAGAGCAUGCCUGAGGUGUGGUGGCGGGGUCCUGGCACUGAGGAGAAAAUCCACAGCUUCACCGGUGAUGCAGUGGACACCUAUAGUGGUUCUCCCCAUCCACAAGCCUCCAUCUACAUCCUGAAGCUUCGCUCCAAACAGCACAGCACCAGAGCUACUCUGUUCCUCUACGAAGGCCAGGGAUCUUCAGGCAUCUUCCCUUUGCUCCCCGCUGACCCAAGGGUUCACACAUUGGGUGUAGGCAUGACCAGUGUCACCCUCAGCUGGGCGCCCAGCGCUUCCAUAACCGGCCUCCCACGAGAAGAGAACAGUUACGAAUACUGUGUCCUCGUCAACUCUCUGCAGAACUACCCCAGCCUUUGUGCCGUGCAAGAGGGCACGAGGAAAGCGAAAAAUCAGAAGCAAGACAAGGAGGAAAGAAACAGGAAAGAGACAGCGUGGCCCAUUUUGAAAGAAUGGUGGUGGGAGCAGUGGGACACUUUUCUGGAUGCACAAAAUCUGCCCUCUUCCCUCGUUGACGAUGAUCUUCAGUGUGCGUGUCGGGGGACGGACAGCGUUUGCACCGUCUCCGAGCUCCUGCCCGACUCUCCUUACUACUUUGACGUUUUUGUGAUGGACAGGCUGAAUGGGACCAGCUCGGCGUACAAGGGGACGUCUGCUCGGACACACGAGGAGGCUCGGUCUGCGAUCGCACCGCUGAGAGAGGGAGAGCUGAGGUGGGUGUCCUUUAAAAAUGGAGGCUCCGACUCAGAGCAGUUCUUCAGCUUUCGCCCACGGGGUUGGCAGCAGAGUGGCCUUCUCACUUUACAGAGCUGCGGUGGAGGUGAAAAGAUCAAGGUGACCGUGUCUAGUAAGGGACAGGUUUUGACCUCUCGGGGAGUCGGGGCAGAUUUGGUGCACGUUUGGCUUCAGGGAAGUCCUUCUUAUCUAAUCCACUUGCAGCGAGAAGGAACUUCCACCGGCCAGAUUUCAACUGUUAUAGAUCCCUCUCUACCAGGAGGUUUGAUGGCUUCAGUCAAAAUGCAGAUUUCAUCAGCCUACCACCGCAGAGGGAUCCCAUCUCUGCCAUCCACCUUGCAAAUAAAAUCCUUCAACAGAUUGCGUGGUUGCAACAGCGUCACCCUAGCCUGGAUGGGUACGGAGGAAAGAAGUCUGUACUGUGUGUACCGCAGAAAGCUAGGGAACCAGGAGGCAGAAGCUGGGGGGCCAUCGGCUCUAACAGCACCCUGUCUGGGUCCGGAGUCCCGCUCUGACACUGAGAGGGUUCUCUGCAAGUAUUUCCAAGAGCUGAAUCCUCGACGGGCCGUCACCACAGCUGUGAUCGGGGGCCUAGAGCCAGGAAUGGCCUAUGUGUUUGAUGUCUAUCUAAUGAGACGCUGGGGGAUCCCUAUCAAGUAUGCCAGCAAGAUGCUAAAGACCAGAAAGGAAUGCUGAACUGCUGCCCCCUAGAGGACAUUUCAAAACUGUCCCAGUUUACUGGGAAAUAGCAUCAGCCAUGGACAUGCUGUAAAAACAAACCAAGAUUUUGAAGAAGUGAUUGUUUUCAAGAGACUGUUGGGAAAAGAAAAAAAAAUAAAGCAUUCUCUUGGAGAUACAGUGGCUGUGUUCAACCUCCACUUACACCAUCAGUGCGAGCGGAAGGGAAGCAUUUGAGACAGAUCGGCGCACCAGCAACAGUUCAUAACAUUUACAAUCCAACCCUUUUGCUCUUGUCAUUUUGUUACUCAUUGUUGACCAUGAUGAUGACGUGCUGGUCGACCAAGCGCUUAAGUGUCUGAGCACAAAAGCCAGACCUGGGUUUGUGAUGACAGAAAGUCAGAACAAAAACUACAAUGGAGACUGUGCCAAAUAUGCAACAGAAGCAGAUGGGGCAAUAAUUAGAAAACAUCUGAGAUGAGAGGGUGGGGGUUGCAGUGUAUAUUACCAGUGCUGCAUAUUGUACAGGCUUGUAAACACAGGUGGAUGCAAUCUAAAGAUGCUAAAGUCAGUGUGUAAUUUUGUGUUCUGCUUUCGCAUGAAGCAGUGAGAAAUACCUAGUGACUCGCCUCAUUGUCUUUGAUGUAUUCUUGUGCUGCUUCAGACUCAUCAAUAAAUACAAAGGUAUCUGUAUAUA